GAGAAACUUAAACAGAGCUCACGUGCACUAGUAUGACAGAGGUGAUGUAUUCAUCUCAGAGAAAGUGACCGGACACACACUCCCUGUCUUACCCCCACAUGCUGGUUGAUCCUGGGGGAUUCUCAUGUCUCCUCAAAGCAUUGAGGAACUUCAAACAGCUGCUCCUUCUCGCUACGGUAAACCUGGAGAACAUCUAAAACAACGUCUUUUCCUCUUAUGUUCUUUUUGGAAGGCAUCCUCUUUUCCCUGACAGUACAGGGUUCCUCCGGGAUCUCACAUUAGAGGAUCUAUUUCCAAAACAAGGACUUCUGGUUCAGCUCACAUGUUCUUGUAACCACGAUUUCUGGAUCUAAGUCAAAGGCUGCUGGGUCUUAUUUUCAUCUUCAGUGCACAUCCCACAUGUAAUUCGUCUCAUCUAAUCAACUUUAAAGUCUUCAAGAGGAUUGUAGAGUGUUUAGGACUGUCACAGUGUUAACAACUCCAAACAGACAAAGCUGAUUAAUUGGAGGCUUGGGACCAGAGACCUGUCGUCAUUAACAUUUGGGACACAUACCAGGAAACAGCAGGAGAUUUACACAGCGAGAGGAGACAGAGGGAGACUGGGAGAGGAGAGAGGGUGAGGGGAAUCCUAGCGCUAUCACAAGCUGUAAUGACUAACAGAUAGACUUUGUAAAUCAUCCCAAAUACGUCUACUGGACACUGAAGUACUGCUGCUAAAGAAAGUGAAAUUAUCUGCUCACAGCAGGUGUGUUGGUGCUACCAUGGAAGUCCGUGCACUGGUCUUGAUGGUUUUGCUCCUGGUGUCUGAUUUGUUCCCAUUACUGGAAGGCAGAAAUGGAGUUCAGGAAUUCGACAAUAGUGAUGAAGGCCCAGAGCCUGGAUUCCUCUCAGGUUCACGUACUCGCCGAGCCCCAGAAGUUCCUCCCCAGGACAAGUGCUCUUACACAUUCAUUGUUCCUCAGCAGAAAGUCACAGGUGCAAUCUGUGUAAAUUCAAAGGAGCCAGAGGCUGUACUGGAGAAUCGGGUGAAUAAACAGGAGCUGGAACUUGUUAACACUGAGCUCCACAAGCAGAAGAGGCAGAUCGAGACUCUACAGCAGCUUGUGGAAGUGGAUGGUGGUAUCGUCAAUGAGGUUAAACUCUUGCGCAAAGAAUCACGCAACAUGAACUCUCGGGUGACACAACUCUAUAUGCAGCUUCUCCACGAGAUUAUCCGCAAGCGGGACAAUGCUCUUGAGCUUUCUCAACUGGAAAACAAGAUUCUGAACCAGACAUCAGAGUUGUUGCAGCUUUCCAACCGUUACAAAGAUUUGGAGCAUAAGUACCAGCAUUUGUCAUCGCUUGCAAACAAUCAAUCCGCUCUCAUUGCUCUACUUGAAGUGCAGUGCCAGAAGGCGCCCCCAGUAGUGCCACCUAGACCACUGCCCCAACCCCAGCCACAGCCUCAACCCAGGCCGUCUCCACCUAUUAAUAAGCCAUAUCAACCGCCUACAUAUAACCGCAACAACCAGAUAACCAAUGAGAUCCAGAGUGAUCAAAACCUCAAAGUGCCACCACCUGCACUACCCACCAUGCCAAGUGGCACUCACAGCCCAUCUACAACCAACAAGCCAUCUGGCCCCUGGAAAGACUGUCUGCAGGCACUGGAAGAUGGUCAUACUAACAGCGGCAUGUACCUAGUGAAGCCUGAGAAUACCAACAAGCUCAUGCAGGUGUGGUGUGACCAAAAACAGGACCCUGGAGGCUGGACAGUCAUCCAGAGACGCAUGGACGGCUCUGUGAACUUUUUUAGAAACUGGGAGACUUACAAGCAAGGCUUUGGGAAUAUAGAUGGAGAAUACUGGCUUGGGCUGGAGAACAUUUACUGGUUGACGAAUCAGGCUACCUACAAGCUUCUAGUGACCCUAGAGGAUUGGGCUGGGCGCAAAACAUUUGCUGAAUAUGCCAGCUUUAGGCUGGAACCUGAGGCUGACUUCUACAAACUACGGGUGGGACGUUAUCAUGGCAAUGCUGGAGAUUCUCUCACCUGGCACAAUGGCAAGCAGUUCACCACGCUGGACAGAGAUCAUGAUGCAUACACAGGUAACUGUGCGCAUUACCAAAAGGGCGGCUGGUGGUAUAAUUCCUGCGCUCACUCCAACCUGAAUGGAGUGUGGUAUCGAGGUGGGCACUAUCGCAGUCGCUACCAGGAUGGAGUGUACUGGGCUGAAUUCAGAGGGGGAGCCUACUCCCUAAAGAAAGUGGUGAUGAUGAUCCGACCCAACCCCAACAGUUUUCACUGAACAGCAUACAAAUCAGAAGAAAAGACUGAACACUAUCCCUAUAGAUCCACAAUCGUAGUAUAUAGUCUAAACAUAUAAAGAGUCUAAAAUGGUUAGAUUUGUGGUAAAAGGCAACUUUGGGGUAAGAAUUUCCCCUAAAUUUCUCGUCAUCAAGGAAAACCUAUGGCCUCUUCCACUGUGUGGCCAUUUUGAAAAAUUAUUUCCAAUAUAAUUUUAACUUUGUUCACCCAAAGAACAAAAACACAGUUUGCCCUCAUGUAUAAUUAACCGUCUGUUAAUAUGGAAGAGAUGACAUAUAUUUUUAGUGGCCUUUUAAAUAUGUGGUAGUACAGCAAGAAACAAGUGCUUUCAAAGUAGUAUUAUAUGUGACAUAAGACACAAGAUGCGCAAUCUGAUGGCAGACAAGUUAUACUCUCUACCUUAUUGUAAAGCAAAAAAGAAAACAAUCCUGAUAAAAUAAUUAGUUGAUUAUUUAUUUUAAUAACUACAAAUAACUGACCAAUUUCUUACACAAGUCAAAAUGUGCCAACACUCUGGCUAUAAAAAUUAUUGUAAUUAACUUUUAGAAAAGAAAUACAUAAUUUUUGAGAUAAUAAGGUUUGAGAUAUUCUUUCAUUAAAAAAUGUUUAAAGCGGAGCUGCGCACCAUGAACGCACCGCAGUCUUUACUUCACCAGAAGUAAAUCUUAUUCUGCUUUCAGGAGACCAAACAGGUGAAAAUCAAAGAUCAGGAUUAUGGGGGGGAUGCUUUAACACUUCAAAAUAAUUUUUUGGUAAGUGUGCAGACCUGCAUUGUCAUCCAAGAUCAUAACGUGCUUGUAUUGCAUUUCUCUGCGUUUAAUCUCAAGUUUAGGCUAUAGCUCUUCAACAAGCCCUGGAACGAGCACUGAUGAUUGUUAAACCUUUUUCCUGAUAAGGUUCCAAUACUGGACCUUGAGAAUCUGCAUAGAUAUCUGCAGUACUAGAAACAAACUAGGCUAAAGGGUCAUAAGUAGUAUGAUCAGAAGCAGAUGCUUUUCCACUCUCAGUAUAACUGACAAUAUCUGAAACUGUUAUUGCUGACCUCCUGAAAAAGCCAGAGAAUAAAUGACAAGAACAAUAAUAAUAAUAAUAUUAAUAAUAAUAAUGUGGCUAGGUUGAGUAGGGUAGUUGAUGCUACUUUAAACCACAGGAAUAAAAAUUCACAAUGAACCUAGACUCGGAUCACAAAUCUAAUGAGCUGUACUUGUGGCACACCGUUUUGGUGCCAUUUUAAAAAAGAAAAAAAAAGAAAAAAAAAAGAAACCUCAUACAUUCGGUACGUAUUUAUUCUUUCUUGAAUUUUAAAGUUACAUUUAAGUACUGUACAGUGCUGCAAGAAUUUUAUACCAAUAUAACACAAUAAAAAAGUUAUAUAUUGUUCAGUAUUACUACUGUAAAAAUGAAAUCCAAUAUUUUAAUGAAUAAUAUGAAUAAAUAAGAAAUUUAUUAGGGAUGAAUACACUCUUUAUAGAGCAACAGUAUGAGAAAAUAAAUCUUAGGUACUAUAAAAAGCCUUACAUAAGACCCAGGGCUGUAUACAUUGUCUCACCUCUUGGUAAUAUCACUUCCUGGCCAACUUCCUGAUCAUAAAUCUUAAAAUAAAAUUAGGUUUGUACUAUGUCGCUAUAAAAAAUUAGGUUUUCUUUGUUUUUAUUAAAGAUAUAACUACAUGCCCAGAUUUGCUUCUGAAUAAUCAGAAAAUUGUACAUAAUGUACAAAUUUAAAUGUUGGUACCAAUGAGACCCAGCAUAUUUCUGUAUAUAUAAUUUUGGAGAAAACUGUUUAUACUUCAAGUGUAACAAAUGUACCUGCAACAUCAAAUGGUUGCAAUAAUAAACAAAAAUGUACAGCCUGUUGUACAGGUAUAUAAUGAGAUGUUUUGAAUGGAAAUCAUAUUGUAGAAA